UUUAUGACAAGAUACUUUGAGUUUUCCUUUUUUAAUAUUAAAAUGAGUUUUUUUAAUCUAUGUCUUUGAGAUGUCUGCUUCCAAAUGGGGAUUUUGAGACACCUCCUUCGAGCGGCUUCCAGAGCGAGGCAAAUCAGGCAAUUACAGACGGUCGGACUGAGAUUCCGAGCUGGAAAGCCCACGGCACGGUGGAGCUCGUCGAGUCAGGGCAGAAACAGGGCGGGAUGAUCCUCAUCGUUCCGGAAGGAACUCACGCCGUGAGAUUGGGCAACGACGCCGAGAUCAGCCAGGAAAUCACGGUGGAGAAGGGAUCGACGUACUCGGUGUCGUUCAGCGCGGCUCGCACGUGCGCGCAGCUGGAGUCACUCAACGUGUCGGUGCUCUCCGCGUCGCAGAACAUCGACCUCCAGACAUUGUAUAGCGUGCAAGGGUGGGACCCUUACGCGUGGGCAUUUGAGGCCGAAAAUGAUAAAGUGGAGUUAGUUUUUCGUAACACGGGCAUGGAGGAUGACCCCACCUGUGGGCCCAUCAUUGAUGACAUCGCCAUCAAAAAGCUUUUUACCCCUGAUAGACCCAAAGGUAAAAUGGAAACAAAAAAUGCGGUUUGCUGUUCGUACGGUAAAAUAUAAUUUUAUAGUUUUAUUUACUAAAAUGAUUUAUCUGAUCUGUUAAGUCACGUAUUAAAUGUCACGUUUUAAG